AUUUGUGUUAUGAGUCCAUGAAGUCAGUUUAGUUUGUUGCCGACUGAAAAGUACAACGUUUAUUAUAUUGUAUACAAGUACGCGAAAGACUUGAAGUAGUUCGUGUUGUGAAAUUAUAAGUUUGAAUGUAUCAGUUGAGUACCAAUAUAAUUGUAACCAUGUUCGAAGUACCUAGUAACGCGAAGUGGUCUCAUGGUAUUAAUGAAGCUGUUCUUCAGGGAUCGAAGUUCUUGAAACUGAAGAAAUGGAUUCAGAUGAUUCAAGAGGUGCUUCAUCAGAAAAUGAAAGUACCAAUAAAUCGAAAAGAAGUAUGGGGUCUAGGUCCAGAUCAGGUAGUAGGUCUGUUUCUCCUAGCUCUGUAAGUAACAAAAGUGAUCAUUCAAGUCGUUCCAAUUCUACGGGGAAUGGAAGAAGCCGAUCAGCCUCAACAGAUAGUGAAUUAUCUGAAACAAGAAGUAGACCUCAGUCACCCAAAUCUCCUGAGAGAAAACAAUUAUCAGAGAGUAAUAUAAGGUCUACAUCUAAUAGUAGAUCUGGAUCAGUGGAGAGAAAAUGGUAUUCAAGAAACUCAGAGUCACCAAAGAACAGUAACCCAACAUCAGUCGAAAGAAAUAUGCCCAACUCUCCCAGUUCUAAUAACUGCGAUGAAAGAAAUGAAGAACCAAAGUCUCCCAGUUCCGAAAUCGGUGGAGAAAAUGGAACUAACUCAAGACCUAGAUCUCCUGCUAACUCAGAAAAUUCAUCCCGCUCUAGUUCUAGGGCCAGUAGUUCCCCUGCUAAAAAAGAAUCUGAUAGAAAUUCUGUUAAAUCUGAAAGUAGUGUCAGCUCAAAAGGGUCUGGACGUUCUUCCAGAACUUCUGGAAGGUCUUCUAAAAUUUCGAAGUCUUCAAAGGUAUCAGAUAGGAAAAAAUCUGAUGGUAAUUCUUCAGAUUCAAGUUCAUCAAGUGCUGAGUCGAGUAGCAGAAAGCACAUAUCCAAUAAUGCAGAUGUAGGACCUGAAGAAAUAUCUGACGGGGACAUAGAAUCUGAGAGUGAGAAGGAAAAACCUACGGAAAUUACAAAACCUCAUUCAGAAAUCAAUAUAUCUCAUGAAGAUUUAUCAGAUGUUUCUGAUCUUGAAGAUUCAUUAGGACAUUCAGAUGACGACAAAGAUGCAAAUGUGGAUAUUGCAUCUGAAAAUCAAUUGCUGAGUGAAAAUGACCAAAGGAAAUCGGAGACAGAAAAUCAAAGAAUAAGUGAGAAAAAUUGCAAAAACGAAACUGAGGAAGGUGAGGAACAGCUUGACUUUGAAGCUGAGGAUGGUGAGUGCGGAGAAGUCGAAGACGCUAAACAGAAAGAAGAUGAGAAAGAAAAGGAUGCCCAAGCUGAACCAUUAGAAGAUGGUGAAAUGGAGGCAGAUGGUGUAGUAGAGAAAGUAAAGGAAACUAAAAAGAAAGAAGAUUUGGAGGAAGGUGAAGUGUCGGAUGAAGAUGAAGUUAGACCGGAAGAAACUGAGCCGAGACCUGUAUGUAGAUUCUUUUCCAGGGGUCAGUGCACAUGGGGAGCCAGCUGUAGGUUUUUACACCCAGGCGUGACAGACAAAGGAAAUUACACCAUGUUUGAAAUGGUGCAUCCUCUAGUCCCAGGAGAAUAUAGUGGUGGCGAUCGUUAUGCUACAAGACCAGAACCAGCCCCUAUUGAAUCCGCAUGGGAAAGAGGUUUGAGAACAGCCAAGGAGAUGUUGAGAAAGUCGAUCAAACGAAAAGAACAAGAUAUAGACUUUGAGGAGAAAAAAAUGAACUUGAGUUUAGCCCAGGAAGAAUUCGAUAAAGAGAAUGGUUAUUAUGGGAGGGUUCCCUCUCCUGAGCCAAGGUUUGUUAGUAGACAUCCUCCUGUAGAGUAUCCAGCACCAUCAAGACCUCCUCCAGAGGAAUAUUAUAAUAGAAGGCAAGUAGUCUAUGAACCUCCCGAGUAUCCACCUAGAGAAAGGGUCAGACCUGCUUAUAGAGAGCUACCCACACAUAAAAUGCCCGAUUAUUACAACACUAAGUAUGAAGAAGAGAAUAGCGGAAAAAGAAAGCCUAAACGUGAAGUGAUAGUUCAUAGGGCGGAAAGGGAACGAGAGAGAGAAAGGGAAGAGAGACCAAGCAGAGCAGAUGAAUGGUCGGAUCCUUGGAUGAGAUCGAAAUCUCCUGCCGGAAAGAGAAGUGGUCGAAAGCGGUCCUACAGUUCUGGCUCUAGUUACUCCUCCAGCAGUUCUACCAGAUCUACUACUUCACGCAGUUCAUACAGAUCUAGAUCAAGAUCAGUUUCGAGAAAAAGAAGACGUUCUCGUUCAAAAAAAAGUCGACAUGUAUCUCCUUCAGUUAUAGUUUCUGAAAGGAAGGCUGCUAAUGAGAGAGCAGCAAUGAUGAACCCUCCAGCUCCUAGAAAAAGAGCCCCAUCCCCAGGUAUGAUUAGAGCAGUUACUGCAGCCAAUCCACCUGCUCCAGCUGAUCAGUUUGGAAGAACUAGAAGUAAGUUGGUUGCUGCUUUAGCAAGAGCAAGGGGUAAAAGGAGGUCCUCAAGGUCAUCCUCAGAUAGUUCAGGGUCCAGUUCAAGUGACUCCGAGUCUUCAGGUUCUAGUAGUAGCAGUAGUAGAGAUGGUAGUCCUGCACCUAAAAGAGUAGGAGAACUAUCCUUGGCGAAGGCAAUGGAUGCUCUUAAAGGUAAUUCUGCUGAGAAACGCCAAAUCAAACUCAAUCUGAAGACUCCUCUCAGUGGUAGAAAACCUGAGUUAGCAGAACUUGCAAGGAAAGUAGACCAAGCCCAAUCGAAAAAGAGGCCCGCUAGUUCGCCACCUCCUAGUGAUCCGAAAAACAAAAAAGCUGCUUCUCGAAGAGAAGAGCUCCUCAAACAAUUGAAGGCAGUGGAGGAUGCCAUUGCAAAAAAGAGAUCGAAGGUCAAUUAAUACUGAAAUAUUUCGACAUUGUCCAAAAACUGCGAACAUUCAUCACUUGUAGACAAAUUCUUAGAAAUUGACUUGGGAAAUUUUAAGCAAGUGACAUCGAAGUAACCAGACUAUCUUCUUUAAGAAGAUAUAUUGUGGAGCCAAAUAUUACUUCUUUUAAUCCAAAAUCAGCUCGGUUUGCCACCUUGUUUACUAUUAUUUAUAUUUCUCUCUAAAACAUAAACUUGCAUUGAAAAAUUGUGAAGAUCUUUCAUUUCUUAUAUAGGUAUUACAUGUGAAGUUACAAAUAAAUGACUUUUUUUCUCAUA